AUGGCCGGGAAAACGCUGAGCAAUGGCACGCUCAGCCUGCGUUUCAUGCAGAAUGCGCAACGGGCGAAACUUCAGUCUCAGGUGACGGCCGAACAGGCGAAGAUCAAGGACGACGCGGAGUGGUCGGUCUCUCAAGAACUGAAGGACGCGUGGGGUAUUGGACAGUCUUCUGGGUCUACAGAUGAUACCGUCCAUGAAGACUCGUAUGUGCCGUUCAUGAGCCAAGCGGAGACGUCUUCUGGGCCCUCCUCGAGCGAACCGCCAUCAAAGGCCGUUCUGAAGGGGCGGCGGACAUUCACCCCUCGAGGGGAGGUGAUUGCAGAAGAGUCCAAAGACAAGCAAGACGGCGAAGACCUAGAAGAAAAGCCUGACGAUCUGGAGUACGACGAUCACCCACGCCCCAAGCGACGUGCGAUGCCCACUUCGAUCUCAAACUUCAAGGCCCCCAUCUCCACGCGUCCUGAUGGUGACAAGAAGGUCGCUCGAAAAACGGCACAGCAGCUCAUUCGUGAAAUCGCACCGAUCGAUGUCUCGACCCCUCCUGAUACUUCAAGAUCCGCUCGCCCGCCGGCACCGUCAGGUACCGCCUUCAUGAAGCCUGAGGGUGUCGAUGCGCCUGUUCCACUACCCAGCAAACUCGUCAAGCGUGAAAGAGUGGAGUCCGCUGGUAGCGCGGAAGGGAAGAAGAAGAGGAAGAAGAAGAAGGAUGCAGUCUCAUAA